AUUUCAUCAAUGUCUUCACCAUUAAACUUUUUUAAUAUUGUUGUUUUGCCAGCAUUAUCAAGACCUCUGAGAUUUAGUUAAGUUCAGAUGGCUGAUCUUCCUAUUAAAGAAGAAAAGCCGAGUUUAUCGACAGAAGGAGAUGAUAAAAAGCCUCAUGAUGGCUCGAGCAAGGGAAAAUCGACCACUGAAAGGGUUAUUGAUCUUUUAAAUCAAGCCCAAUUGGCGAAAAAGGAUAACAAAUUACACUACCUGAAGCAAGUCCAAGAACUGAUUGUUAACAUGGAGCCAGCUCUUCUGGACAAUUUUCUUGAUGAGAUCCUGGUAUUUCAGCACGACCAAACAACAGAAGUCAGAAAAUUUGUGCUCGGAUUUAUUGAAGAGGCUUGUAAAAAAGAUGUGGAGAUAUUGACAAAAGUUAUCCACACAAUUGUGCUUCUACUCAAUGAUUCGAAUGUCAUGGUGGUGAAGAAAGUCAUGCUGUGUUUAACGCAAUUGUAUCGCUUGAUGCUUCAGUUUAUCAGCAAAAUGAAGGUCAUUAAUGAUGACUUGAAAGCAACUUGGGAGAUUCUGUGUAUGUUGAAGAACCAAAUCAUGGGUAAAAUACAAUCGGAUAAUGAUGGUAUUCGCACACAUGCCAUCAAGUUUAUGGAGAUGGUGAUCCUGACUCAGUCAAACAAACCAACGGAGAUGAAAGAUGAUGAAUCAAUCUCCUUGGAUGUGAUUCCUCGCAAUCAUCCUGUCUUGAGCAUGACUCAACUUCGUGAGGAAGGUGGAACAACUCUUGAAGCAUUGCUAAGUUUGGUUGCUUCUCCAAAUAUUUCCAGUGUAAAUUUGAUGGCAAGCAUGGGAACUCUGGCUGCUAUAGCUAAACAGAGACCUGCAUUUAUGUCAUUGGUUGUUGAAGCAUUCGAAUCUCUCCACGCAAACCUACCUACAGCGUUGUCCAAAUCCCAAGUCAGCAGUGUUAGGAAGAAUUUGAAGCUUCAUCUGAUGAACCUGUUAAAGAACGCUGGAGCAGUUGAAUACUAUCCUCAGAUAACGACAUUGCUUACUGAUCUCGGUGCAUCACAAAGUGAGAUGCAAAAGAUCUGGCAAAAAAAUCUCACAAAAGUCAAUUUGGAUUCAAUUAAGAGACCAAGACCAGAAGCAUCGGCAGAAACGGAAACUUCUGUGGCAAAAAGGCAGAAGUCUGAAUCAGGAGACCAAAUGACCGUUCUUCAAGCGAUUGAGAUGACAAAGGAAGACCUGAUACCGAGAUUAAAAAACGAGAGAGUCGCAGAGUUGGUGAUCAUCAGCAUGCUGGGGCUGCCUGAGAGAAUGCCCGCCAAUUUCCAGGAGACGUACACACCCAUCGCAGCCGCAGGUGGUACGGCGCAGGUCAGCCAUCUCGCCAGGCUGAUCAGUUCGCAAAUGACGAAUGCUGGUAUUGGUGUUGGAGCUGAGAAGAUGGAACAGUUGAAGAAGGCACGGAUGACGGAGAAAGCUCAGCAAGUGCUGCCGAUGAUGGUUGUACCAGAGGAGAAGAUGGAGGCAUCAAGUGUUAUACCUGUGAUUGGUGGUAGCAAUGCACCUGUUGUUGGCAGCAUCAAGAAUGUAAUGGACGAAGAUCCCAGUAUCUUGCAAGUGAAACAAGAAGACAUUGGAGUGCAGGAGUCUCCUUUCCUGAGAAUAAUGGAACACAUUAACAAAGAAAAGGGUCAGGUUAAGAAGAGCUCAAAGUUAUCAUCAUCGGCCCAAUCGCGACGUAAGAUCAAAGCUUUCAAAUUAUCUGAAGUGAAACGAGAAUUGAGUGAGGAGGAAAAAGAUAGAAUGAUUCUCAGCGCCUUUCAAAGGAUUCUCGCGGCUGAAAAGAGUUGCAUUCAAGGAGGCAAAACUAAGGAAAGAUUGGACAUAAUUGUUGGUUUAGUUACCCAGUUUGGAGGUGACCUUCGAGUUGCCUUAAAUGACUUCAUAAUGGUUGAUCCUCGCACGAGAUACGAGUUGGCGAGUGUUUGGAUUUAUCAAGAGUUUCUGGCUGAAGAGGCUUAUCGGGAGAAAGUUGAACAAGAGUUUCUAGAGGGAGAGGAUUUAAGCGAGGAACAAAUGUUGGUGAAUAAUUCUUACAACGAGAGCUUACUGGCUUUGUUGCAUGGUUUCAAGGAAAGACUGGAUCCUAAGGACAAGUUGAUAAGUCGUCUUUAUUUGGAAGCACCAAGGUUGACCGAUGAAUCCAAAAUAUUCUUGAAGGAAUAUUGCGAGGAUCUGGACCGAACUCAGAUCGGAUUUUCAACCCUACGAGAGCUCAUUCUUCAGAGACCAGCAAACCAGUCAGACUACCUCAACCUACUCCUUGAGCUCUCCUCUCACUACAAAGAACAAGUGAGAGUUCAAGCAAUUCAUGCAGCGAAGAAACUUCAUCCCCGCGAAAAUCUUGCAGUAGAAAUCGAGCAAUACGCUCUUCAGUCUUUGAGGACUCUUCUGCUUUCAAAACCACCAAACCCAGGACUCAUUGAAUGGACAGACGAGUCGAUAAAACUUUGUCUCUAUCUUUAUCUCGCUUUACUUCCGUUGAACCACAAACUGUUACACGAACUGGCCUCUUUAUACACUGAAGCGUUACCGCUGGUGAAGCGAACGAUUUUAAGACAUCUUGAACAUCCUGUGCGAUCAAUCGGAAUGAACUCCGAAGAGUUGCUAAAACUGGUUGAAACUUGUCCAAGCGGAGCUGAAACUUUGAUAACAAGAAUAUUACAUAUUAUUACCGAGAAAGCCUCACCCUCGCCAGCUCUGGUGAAACACGUCAAAGAUCUGUACCACAAACGUGCAUCAGAUGUCAGAAUUCUUAUUCCGGUUUUGACGGGUUUGGAGAAAAAAGAAGUGGUUGAAGUUCUUCCAAAGUUAAUCAAACAGUCUCCAAAUGUGGUUAAGGAGGUGUUUAACCGUCUGCUGGGCUGUUUUCACGGCGAUUCAACGAUAUCCAGUGCCAGUCCACUGACCCCCUCGGAAUUGCUGAUCACCUUACAUAGUAUUGAAGAUAAGGCUGAUAUGAAAUCGAUCAUUAAAGCCGUGAGUCUGUGUUUUGGAGAGAAAACAAUCUACACUCAAGAGGUUCUGGCGGUUGUUCUUCAGCAGCUCAUGGAUAAAAAUCCUUUGCCAACAUUAUUUAUGAGAACGGUCAUUCAGUCCCUAAGUGCCUGUCCUCGUCUGGUUGGUUUCGCUAUGAAUAUUCUUUCAAAACUGAUCAGUAAACAGGUUUGGAAACAGCCUAAAGUAUGGCAAGGCUUUGUGAAAUGUUGCCAGAUGACGAAGCCUCAAUCGUACCCAAUACUAUUGCAGUUGCCUGCUAGACAACUGGAGAGUGUUUUUGAGAUUUGCCCUGAGUUAAAAGAUCUUCUGCGCACGCAUGUCGAGCAAUUCACCCCGCACCAGCGAGCUUUAAUCCCUCGCUCCUUGAUCCAAAUCCUUGCCAAGGAUGUGAAGCAGGAUGAGGCCAAGCCAGCCACGAAAGAAAAAGAAAAUGAAAACGAGGAAAAAGCGGAGGAAAAAGUGGAAGAAAAACCUGAAGUGAUUGUUAAGAAGGAAAAAGAAAGCCCGGGGGAAACAAACGAGCCACAAAUUAAAGAGGAGCCCCAAUCACCUGAGAGGGCUGCAAAACGACAGCGUACCGAAGAUGCCACGGCGACCGAGGAAACACCGACGAGGACUCUCCGAUCUCAGAAACGAACACGAGACGCCGAGGCGGCGAAGGAAGAAAAACGACCGCGUGAGGCUGAGACCAAGGAUGGCGAAGACGAUGAAACUGAAAAACGGAAAAGUAAAAGGAAAGGGAGAUAAAAGAGGUGGAAGCAUGAAAUAGUUGGUCAGGUAGGAUGGGAUAAGGUAGGAUAACUGUACAGGACUAUCUAAUAUCUAUCAGCGUACACGAUUGCCCCGGUAGAGAUAUUUUUACUGCUUGUGGAGAGCUGUAUGUGGUCAGUGCAAACUAAUUAUUGGGAAUGCUCAAAUUGUACUGCAAUUAUUGUAAUAAUUCGCGAGACUGGUUCUUAUGAACCGUAAAACAUGCAGGAAAAAGAGGACUUGAACUAUUAUGACAGCGACUUUUGUAAAUAUAUUGUUUGCAUUUGCAUCAAAUAUUAUGGAUGUUAUCCAGCCUGGCCACGCUACUGGCUGUAAUGCAUCAUAUAACACUGCUAUAU